AUGCGACAAAAGUUUUGGUGGAUGCAUACUUUUAUCAUAUAUAAACUAUGGUGUUAUAAAAAGAUAUCCCGCCCUGAGAAAAGCUCUAACGACACACGAGGUUGGCUUCUUGUUUCCAAUGUUGUGGUGGACGACCCGUCCUCUCGACAGCUUUCGAUUGAGUCUUCUUACCGUGAAAUCAGCAACUUUCCCGACAACAAGGCGCUCUUUAUUACGAAGGAUGCCAUGAAAGAACUGAGAACACACUUGUCAUUCACUCAGCUGAGAUUUCAUUGCAGUAAACAAAAAGGACGUACAAUCCACGUGACUACCGCUGCUAACAGCUCUGGUGAAGCUGUAGUCCAGUUCUUCAGCGGUCAGACGGAUUCGCGCCCUUUGGGCUGUGGCUCGUUUAAAAGAAUGAAAGAUGAUAACUCCAUAACAACUGCAAGUUGUCAUGAAUGGAAAGAUAUGAAAGGGGAUCAAGCAAAAUUCGCACAGGAAAGGUUAAACGAUCAUCCUUUUUAUUUACCACGCGCUAAUCACUGGUAUUUGCCAAAUGGGAAUCAAAGAUGGGAGUGCGACGACUUCAAGAAGAACUCUCAUACAGAA